CCCCGAUAUCUGGCCACUGACAUUUCUAGUAAUGUUCAAUGGUCUGCGCCCGCCACUCCUCAUAUAUAACUAAACACUACACGCCUGCACUGCACACCUACAACCCAACAAAGUUGAAAUCUCCCCACAAACAUAUAUUCAUAAAUCCCAGUCCAUACACCACUUGAAACACUCCACUUCCAAUACACAGAACAAAAAUGACCGAAACAAGCCCAAUUUACAACACCAUCUCCGCCCUCGACGCCGAAGACGAAGCCGCCACCUACAACACCACCGCCACCCCCGACGAAACAACAACCGCCUACGGCGCCAGCGCAGCCCACAGCGCCGCCACCAUGGAGGAGGGCGACAACAAUAAGCCCGCCACCUCCCAUCUCGCGAGCCAUGUCUCAAUCCAGGACUCCGACCCCUCUGACAUCCAGUACCAGGCCUCGUCUGAGGAUGGGUUGGUGCGGCAUCAUCGGCGCGAGAGGUCGACGGCUGGCGGUGUGUAUCUGCUGCGGGAGGUGGAGGAGCGCGAGGGUGGGUCGAGGCAUGUGCAUCGCGAGUAUGAGAACCCGGGGACUGGGGUGAGUUAUUUGCGGGAUUUGCGGGAGUUAGAUUGUUUAUUUCAGGUACCUCAGGCUAUCUUAAUUUCUGGAUGA